AUGGCAUACGGAAAUAUUUUCUUUCUAACAAUCCUAAUUAGCGGGAUUUGCUUUGCUUUUGGGUUCUUAAGCUCGCCGCUCAUUUCCGGUGAAAGAAUUUUACCAUUUGAGACUGUUUAUCCGUUUGAUUGGACCAAAAGUCCGUAUUAUGAAAUUAUCUACGUUACAGAAUGGAUGACAAACAUUGCGUUCAUCCUCAUUGGGAUUUGUGGCCACGAUUUUCUUUUUAUGGGUCUUUGUAGUAAUGUCGUGGGUCAGUUUACACUUUUGAGGGAGCUUUUUGGCUAUUUGGGAACCAAAAAUGUGGCCCAAAUUAUUAAAAAACUAGGUCAUGAUACUAAAAUUGAGCCAAAUCGCCAAUUGUUGCGAAUCUGCAUCAUCCAUCACGUCCGAGUGACUGAAAUUUGCAAAGAAAUUGCUGAAAUUUUCAGUUUCAGCUGUUUUAUUCAAUUACUCUCAAGUGUAACAGCCCUUUGUGUCGGUGCCCUCAUUAUGACUUUUGCCGAUAUUGACGCUGCUUUGUUUACGGUUUCUUCAGCUUAUAUUAUUGGACAUUUGCUUCAGUUAUUUCUAUAUGCGACGCUUGGGAAUGAAGUCAUUUACUAUGCGAGUAGACUUCCGAAUGCAAUUUUUCACAGUCAUUGGUACAAUAUUGAUUUAGAAGUGAAGAAAGAUAUCUUAUUUGUGCUUCAAAGGGCACAAAAGGAUGUCAAAAUUUCGGCGAUGGGAGUCAGUGUUUUGGAUUAUCAAACGUUUAUUCAAGUUUUGAGAUUGUCAUUUUCGUUUUACACAAUGCUAAGUAAAGUUACAGAUCACUGA